CCCAACCUUUGUCCUGACCGUUUGUUGCUCUACCUUGUCGGGAAUCGCGACCAAGCAGCGGCCACCGCGGGCCGCGGUAGUGUCUCGUCGCCCUCACAGAACACCGUCUCGCCGCCGCCGAAGCCCCUCCUUGCUCCCGUUCUCCGCGCGCCAGAUCGACACAUUCCUCGAUCUCAGCCACCGCCAGCGCCGGCUCCGCGGUGCCCAAUUCCUCAAACCCUAGAGCCAAAUCCCCCAUUUGGCCGCGCCUAACAGAGCCGGAUUUACUCGGCGCUGGCUGGUGCGAGCGGCGAAUCGAGUCCCCUCCCGUGCACUGCUCCACAUGUCGCACCGCGUGUACGCAUGAACUCGUCCAUGGACGAGAUCAACCUGCUACGGCAGCACCAGCGACACCAGCAGCACCACCUGUCGGUGCGCGGCAUCGGUGAGGAGAUCGACCUCGAGAUCGACCAGUGUGAAGAUCCCACUUUCUCGGGCGCCGCACUCGAGGGCGUGACCUCCCAUCACCCUCAAGACCCCGUCGUCCCUGCCGAUGACCACAAGAGCUUCCUCAUCCCGUGCUCGCAGCCUGGCGCAGUGGACGGCCAACCGCAGCCCACGCCACCGCAAGCAGAGGAACGGGCAGGGAUGCUGAGGCUGUCGGCGCAUACCAAGAAGAAGAAGAAGGUGGUCAAGAAAUGGCGGGAUGAGUGGGCGGACACAUACAAGUGGGCCUAUGUGGCCGUGCACGACAACACCAGCAGAAUCUUCUGCACCGUUUGCAAGGAGUAUGGCCGCAAGCAUCGCCGGAACCCCUAUGGGAACGAGGGGAGCAGGAACAUGCAGAUGAGUGCGCUAGAGGAGCACAACAAUAGCUUGCUGCAUAAGGAGGCGCUCCGACUGCAGUCAGCCUCCAAGGAGAAGGUGCAAACUCCUGAGAUAGAGAGGCCGGUUUGUGUCAAAGCUUUGUCGAAAACAGCAGCUUCAAUACUUGAAUCUCUCUUCAAGAAGGACCCUCAUGAAGCUGAAUUUAUACAGUCUAUACAGGAGGUGGUUCAUUCUAUAGAACCAGUUUUGGUGAAGAACUCACAAUAUGUUCAGAUAUUGGAGCGUUUAUUAGAACCUGAGAGAUGUUUUAUCUUCAGAGUGCCAUGGGUUGAUGACAGAGGUGAAGCUCAUGUCAAUCGAGGUUUCCGUGUGCAGUUCAGUCAGGCUUUAGGUCCAUGCAGAGGUGGUCUCCGUUUCCACCCGUCCAUGAACUUAAGUGUGGCAAAGUUUCUAGCUUUUGAGCAGACUCUGAAGAAUGCUCUGUCACUAUAUAAACUUGGAGGUGCUGCUGGAGGGAGCGAUUUUGAUCCAAAGGGUAAAAGUGAAAUUGAGGUAUUCGUGUUGUAUUUUAUUUCCUCUGGGCAACAAUAUUUACUGCAUGUAAAUAUGGAUAUUUUUCCAUGCCAGGUAAUGCGCUUUUGUCAAAGUUUCAUGGAUGAGCUGUAUAGAUACUUGGGCCCUGAUCAGGAUUUUCCUGCUGAAGAUGUUGGUGUUGGUCCAAGGGAAAUGGGUUUCCUUUUUGGGCAGUACAGACGCCUUUCUGGUCAUUUUCAGGGAAAUUUUACAGGGCCUAAGAUCUUCUGGUCUGGUUCUAGUUUUAGAACAGAAGCUACUGGAUACGGACUGGUAUUUUUUGCACGUGUUGUACUUGCUGAUAUGAAUAAGGAGCUCAAAGGAUUAAGAUGUGCGAUAAGUGGUUCAGGAAAGAUAGCAAUGCAUGUCUUGGAAAAGCUUCUGUCGUGUGAAGCUAUUCCUGUUACAGUCUCAGAUUCAGAAGGCUAUCUAUUUGAUGGAGACGGGUUUGAUUAUGUGAAAUAUACACUUAUAAGGAAUAUUAAGGCACAACAAAGGAGCCUCAAGGAAUACUUGAAAACAUUUCCACGUGCCAAAUAUAUCAAUGAUGCUAAGCCAUGGGGUGAGCAGUGUGAUAUUGCAUUCCCUUGUGCAUCACAAAAUGAGAUUGACCAGGGGGAGGCUCUUUCAAUAAUUAGCUCUGGUUGCCGUGUUCUUAUAGAAUGUUCAAACAUGCCAUGCACUGGUCAAGCAGUUGAUAUCCUAAGAAAGGCAAAAGUCCAUGUUGCUCCAGCAAAGGCAACUGCUGCUGGUGGGGUAGCAGUCGGUGAACUUGAACUGAAUCCAGAGUUCAGCUUAAUGCAGUGGUCAGUAGAGGAUUUCGAGAACAAAAUACAGGAAGCAGUAAAGCAAACAUAUGACAGGUCGAUGAAAGCUGCUCAAGAAUAUGGAAUCCUGAAAGAGAACCCAGAGUUAGUUUCCUUGCGAUAUCUUGUCCAUUUGCCUACACCGGGCUUUUCACUCUGGAAGCUGAUCAAGUACUCUCUCUCCAGGUCUUUGGUGCAUGGUGCAAACAUAUCGGCCUUCCUGAACAUUGCACAAGCCAUGACUGAUCAAGGAUGUGUGUAGUUAAGCGUUUUUGUUCUGUCAAGAAGCAGAAUUUGACAUCCCUGCAGGCUGCAGCCAUGAUCUCUGGUUGUACUGUGGUUGCUGCAGCCAUUUGACGCUUAUUCGUAGCCUCCCUCACAGAUCACUGUUUUACGUUUAUUGGUAGCCUCCCUCACAGAUCAAUUUUAUGUUUAGGCCUUGUCAAAGCUUUCCUCUGGUAUGAAGGAAAAGCUUAGAUCUAUUUAGAGUAUAGAAGUGUUUCCUGUUGUAGAUCCCCCAUGUAUUUAUUCAUUACUGCCAACAUCAAUGCUUGAAGAAGGAAAUGUUCCUUUUUUGUGUGAA